AUGGGCGAUAUCGGUUCAGCCGACUUGGGCGAUCGCCAGCCAAUCCCAUAUCUAUGGGACGAACCUCAUGUCGUGUACAAACCAAUGACGCCCCGGGGUAAACUGCCAUCUUCUGACUGCCCAUAUGGCUUAUUCGACAUUUCGAUGGCGUUCCCAAAGCGUACUACAAUGGUAGCGCAUGAACGUCGGGUUAUUGCUUCCUACAAGGCACACGACGAAGAAGCUCGACCGCAAAGGCCACGAGCGGCUCCACCACCAAGAGGUUCUCCAUCGAGACGAGGGGGUCGAGCAUCAGCUGCUAGAGCUAUUUCAGGAGUAAUGGCGAGCAGAUCAUCGGUCAGUCCAACAAGGCGCAUGUCCACACGAAACAGGACGGGGCGCCCAAGUUCUCGAUCGAGAGGAAGAGGUCAGGGAUCGUCUUUUGCAUCAAGUUCGGGAGAACCCUCAAAAAGGAGGCGGACAAGGCUGACGAGCUCUACACUGAGAGAAAGAACUCAAGAAACAUUUGGUACUCCAAAUCCAGGAGAAUUCUUCGCAAUGAGACCGAAGUGGCUCUCGGAUUUUAGAUCGGGAGGAACAGCUCAAAAAACAUCUGAUAUAGCUCCUCUGGGAGAAUCUUCAAGCACACCGGAGACACUUCAAGCAAUGAUCAGUGCAUGGUUGUCGAACUCUGCAUUGGGACAAGGAGCUCUAGAAGCAUUUGCUACAGCUCCUCUGGGAGAAUUUUCAAACAGGCCAGAGGCGAGUCGAGCAAGGACUAAGACACGGCUCCCGGAUUCUCCACUAAGAGGAAAGGGUCAAGAAGCAUCAGCAGCAGUCUCUCUUGGAGAGUCUUCAAGCAGACCCAAAACAAGUCUACCAACCAUUCUGGGUUACGGCCAGAUAGAAGCAGAAGCUUCAACAGCUCAGGAAGCUACUCCAACAGAGUCCUUGAGGAGGACACGGCUCCCGGAUUCUCCCCUGAAAGAGAGGACCCAAGAAUCAUCUGCUACAGCUCCUCAAGGAGCGUUCUCAAGCAGAUCAGAGGCAAGUCCAGCAACCGUCGUGGGAGAUGACGAAGCAGAAAGUUCAACAGCUCGAAACCCUCUUCCAGGAAAGUCUCUAGGCAGAUUGGAGGGAAGUCCAGCAACCAUUGUCGGUGACAAUCAGAAAAAAGCAGCCACCUCAGCGCCCCCAGCUCGAGCUCCACCAGUACCCCAGAGAUAUGCUAAUCUAUCAGCCCUGUCUCCUCCCUGGGCUGCAGUGCACGAGCCUGGCCAUCUCUCGGAUCUUGGCCUGGUAGCAACGCAGUACGAAAUUUUGCGCAAUACUCCAGCUGAUCAAAGCCUUUCCUCAAGUUCUAAGAAGAUCAAGAUGGUAGCAACUAAAACUGGCAAUGCUCCGCCGAUCAAGCUACUGUCUACUGCUAUUCUCCGAGAGUACCUGGAGGACUCAUGA